CUGCCGCCCUGCGCCCUGGUGCUGGCGGCGGUGCCCGGCUCCGCGUCCCACCCGCAGCCCUGCCAGAUCCUGCGGCGCAUCGGGCACACUGUAAGGGUGGGGGCCACCCACCUGCAGCCCCGCGUCCCCGCCGCCGCUUGGAGCGAGGAGGCGGCGGGCGGCGGCCCCGAGGGGGAGGUUGCGGCGGGGGCCCGGGGCCGCCGGCCGGGGGGCGGUGGGGAGCGGCGGUCGCCCCCCGCUCCCUCGCCGCGGGACGCGCUGCUGCUGGCCGUGGCGAACCUCAACGGCGUGGCCGGGCUGCUGCCCUACAACCUGUCCCUGGAGGUGGUGAUGGCGAUCGAGGCGGGGCUGGGCGACUUGCCCCUAUUCCCCUUCUCUUCCCCCAGCGCUUCAUGGAGCAACGACCCCGUCUCCUUCCUGCAGAGCCUCUGCCACACCGUGGUGGUGCAGGGGGUCUCUGCCAUCCUCGCCUUCCCGCAGAGCCGCGGGGAGAUGCUGGAGCUGGACUUCGUCUCGGCGGCGCUGCGCAUCCCCGUGGUCAGCAUCGUGCUGGGAGAGUUCCCCCGGCGGAGCCCAAAUCCCCUCCACCUGCAAAUGAGUUUAGAAAACUCAUUGAGCUCUGAUGCUGAUGUCACAUUCUCAAUCCUUGCAAUGAACAACUGGUACAAUUUCAGCUUAAUGGUAUGCCAGGAGGAGUGGAACAUCACGGAUUUUCUCUUCCUCACACAACAGAGCUCCAAGUUCCACCUGGGAUCCAUUAUAAACAUCACAGCAAAUCUCACUUCAACCAGUGACCUUCUGAACUACCUACAGUUUUACCUGGAAAGCAUCAAAGACACAACAUCUACCAUGGUCAUGUUUGGAUGUGACAUGGAAAAAACAAGGAGAAUUUUUGAAAUAACCACCCGAUUUGGUGUGAUGCCUCCAGAACUUCACUGGAUUAUUGGGGAUUCACAGAACGUGGAAGAACUGAGGACAGAAGGUUUGCCACUCGGUCUCAUUGCUCAUGGCAAGACAACACAGUCUGUCUUUGAGCAUUACGUGCAGGAUGCAAUGGAGCUGGUAGCAAGAGCUGUAGCAGCAGCCACCAUGAUUCAGCCUGAACUAGCUCUUAUUCCAAGUACAAUGAAUUGCAUGGACACAGAUGAAAAAAAUAUAACCUCAGGACAGUAUUUGUCAAAGUUUUUAGCCAACACAACUUUUGAUGGCCUUAGUGGCCACAUUAAGGUGAAAGGUUCCUCUGUUGUCAGCUCAGAAAACAACUUCUUCAUCUGGAACCUGCAACAUGACCCUGUCGGGAACCCGAUGUGGACUCGUCUGGGGAUCUGGCAAGACGGAAAGAUUGUCAUGGACUAUGGGAUAUGGCCAGAACAGGCCCAGAGACAUAAAAAUCACAUGCAGCACCCCACACGGCUACACCUCAGAGUGGUAACUCUUAUCGAGCACCCGUUUGUCUUUACAAGAGAUGUAGAUGAUGAGGGUCUUUGCCCAGCAGGGCAGCUGUGCCUGGAUCCUUUGACCAACGAUUCAGCUGUGCUGGAUAACCUGUUUGAAACCCUUCAAGGAGGAAAUGACACUGUUCCCAUCGAGCUGAAGAAGUGCUGCUAUGGCUACUGCAUUGACCUGCUGGAGAAGUUGGCUGAGGAUAUGAACUUUGAUUUUGACUUGUACAUUGUUGGUGAUGGAAAAUAUGGAGCCUGGAAGAAUGGUCAUUGGACUGGGCUGGUGGGGGACCUUCUUUCUGGGACAGCUCACAUGGCAGUGACGUCAUUUAGCAUUAACACUGCCCGCAGCCAAGUGAUUGAUUUCACUAGCCCUUUCUUUUCCACUAGUUUGGGGAUAUUGGUGAGGACCAGAGACACAGCAGCACCAAUUGGAGCCUUCAUGUGGCCACUUCACUGGACUAUGUGGCUGGGGAUAUUUGUUGCGCUCCAUAUCACUGCUGUUUUCCUCACCUUAUACGAGUGGAAAAGUCCUUUUGGGAUGACCCCCAAGGGAAGGAACAGAAACAAAGUCUUCUCUUUCUCCUCUGCCCUGAAUGUCUGCUAUGCGAUCUUGUUUGGAAGAACAGCUGCCAUCAAACCCCCUAAGUGCUGGACUGGAAGGUUUUUAAUGAAUCUAUGGGCUAUUUUCUGUCUGUUUUGUUUGUCCACGUACACAGCCAACCUAGCUGCUGUCAUGGUUGGAGAGAAGAUCUAUGAAGAGCUUUCUGGAAUACAUGACCCAAAGCUCCAUCAUCCAUCCCAAGGGUUUCGCUUUGGAACCGUGCGAGAAAGCAGCGCAGAAGACUACGUGAGGCAAAGCUUCCCCGAGAUGCACGAGUACAUGCGACGGUACAAUGUCCCUGCAACCCCAGAUGGAGUAGCAUAUCUAAAGAAUGACCCAGAGAAACUUGAUGCCUUCAUUAUGGAUAAAGCACUCUUGGACUAUGAAGUAUCCAUAGAUGCCGACUGCAAGCUUCUAACUGUGGGAAAGCCCUUUGCCAUUGAAGGAUAUGGCAUUGGUCUUCCCCCCAACUCCCCUCUCACCUCCAACAUCUCUGAACUGAUAAGCCAGUACAAGUCCCACGGCUUCAUGGAUGUUCUGCAUGACAAGUGGUACAAAGUUGUUCCAUGUGGGAAAAGAAGCUUUGCUGUCACGGAGACACUGCAAAUGGGCAUCAAGCAUUUUUCUGGGCUCUUUGUGAUGUUGUGCAUUGGGUUUGUCUUAUCCAUUCUCACUACCAUUGGGGAACACAUCGUGUACAGACUGGUGCUACCACGAAUCAAGAAGAAAUCCAAGAUGAAGUAUUGGCUCCAUACAAGCCAGAGAUUACAUCGUGCCCUGAACAGUUCAUUUAUUGAGGACAAAUGCCAGACUAAGACAAAACGAGUAGAAAAGAGGUCCCAUGUAGGGAACAGCCAGCAUGCCGUGUGGAACACAGCCAGUACAGGCAACUGUCACCGGAAAAAAUACAUCUGCACCAAUGAAGGGCAAAAUGAGGUGACAGUCCGGCAGCACCAAGACAUCCCCCUGCCACAGAUGAGGAGGGAGACUCCAGCUUCUUUAACGACCAAUGGGAAAUCAGAGUCCCUCAGUAUUGCUAGGACCUCAGUGAUGCAAGAGCUCACAGAGCUGGAGAAGCAGAUCCAAAUCAUCAAGCAAGAGCUGCAACUCGCCAUGGACCGGAAGUCAGAGCUGGAAGAAUAUCAGAGGACAAACAGGACUGCAGAGCCCUAGGCCAGCACACUUGGCCCCUUUCCCCUUUUCUUCUUUCCUCUCCUUCUAUGUAAAAUUUGUUACACGCUUUUGUAAUGCCAGAAAGAGGUGUGAAAAUAAAGCAGGCAGUAUGCUUUUCAUGAGAGCAGAGUUGCAGCAGCCCACAGCCACUGCCACCAUCCUGAGUCCUCCUUUUGUAGCAAGUUUCUCGUUCUCCUGGCCAACACCAGCCAUUCCCAAGGGACUAGAGAAACAAGAAGUGUCUGCAAAGCAAAAGUUCCUGAUUCCUUCACUUGGCAUUACAGUGAAGUUUCCUCUUUUUUAGCCCUUUCUGUGCAUUAAUUCAAAAAGCAAGAAAAAAAAAGAAAAAAAUGAAAAACCAAAAAAACAGAAGGAAAUCUAAACUGCUCAUUGGAAGCAUGUCCCUUGUUGGUAUGUUUUUGUUGUGGUACCUAUGGGUUUAGUCUCUGUUUAUGCUAAGGCUCCUUAUGGUUGCCUCAUUACACCAGGUGCUAGUUCUGUGUUGGCAGCCCCUUCCCUCCUGGCACCGGCUGUGGUUCACGAGACAUAUUCUUGGUGGUAGUCCCAGUACACAGUGUUCCCUUAGCUCUUCAGCACAAAUGCAGAUGUGACUGCUCUGUGACUGUAAGGAAGAAACUCCACCAGCUUAAAAAUAACUUUGCAGAAACCAAACCAUCACUCUGUCUGCUUCUGAGACCAGCUUCACUUUGCACUUCCACACAGAGAGGCCAUGCAAACAGCUGCACUGGCAGGUGUGAGGGAUUGGGUUCACAGUGGCACAGGGUAAGGAUGAGAGGGGAAGGAAGGGGUAGUGGUGCUGCAGACCACUCCCUCUGCCCUCUACUGAAGAAGUAUUUAGCACUGUGAAACCACUCCCUUAACAUUGUCUGUCUACAACUGACAUUAAGGUUCUUCCUUACAGUCAAAAUGACAUAAAGGGGAUUUAUCCUGACACCAAACUCCCACUGAAGUCAAAGGGAGCUUGGUACCAAAGCCUCCUUGUGGACCAGGGCUCACGGUAAUGGAAGAUGAGAUUUGCUGUUUCAAAGUCAAUGUACUGAGUGGAGCUCCCUCCCACCUGGUUGAUGAGAAAAGGGGAAGGAAGGGUAAGCUGUUCAGCAUCUGAAUAAACAAUACAUCAAUCCAAA